AACAGGCUUAUCAGGGCUUGGAGAAGCAGACAAUGAUUGGGCUAUACAACAAAUGAAGAUGAAUACUCCUCACACUGCCGAAGCAUCUGGCUCGAGAAGAUGAAGAUGAUUUCCGUGCUUCUUAACGCUCUCGUGCUGCUGUCGGCGUUGGGCCGAACUGGGGCAAGAUGCCGAACAACAUCAUCGCCAUAUACAACCCCUUCAGGCCACUCCACCUCAGACCUGCGUGGUCGGAUGUUUACAGUGUCAUAUUCGUAUAGCAUAGGAUUCACCAUGUACACAGACGCAAUCUUUCCUUCUCCUUCCACCUCUCCUUCUCCCUCCUCUCCCUACUCCACUCCCUCCCCCACCACCUACCACUCUCCUUCCUCCUCUUCUGCCUCCUCCUCUCCCUCCCCCACCACCUACCCCUCUCCUUCCUCCUCCUCUGCCUCCUCCUCUCCCUACCCCUCUCCUUCCUCCUCCUCUCCCUCCCCCACCACCUACCCCUCUUCUCCUUCCACCUCUCCUUCUCAUUCCACCUCUCCUUCUCCCUCCUCUUCUCCUUCCACCUCUCCUUCUCCCUCCUCUCCCUACUCUUCUCCUUCAACCUCUCCUUCUCCCUCCUCCCCUUACUCUUCUCCUUCCAUCUCUCCUUCUCCCUCCUCUCCCUCCUCUUCUCCUUCCAGCUCUCCUUCUCCCUCCUCUCCUUACUCUUCUCCUUCCAGCUCUCCUUCUCCCUCCUCUCCUUACUCUUCUCCUUCCAGCUCUCCUUCUCCCUCUCCCUCAUCUUCUCCUUCCACCUCUCCUUCUCCGUCCUCUCCCUACACCACCUCCUCUCCCUCUCUCUCUGCUCUGACUGUGUGUCUGCGUUACAUGGCCGAGGAGGGAAAAGACUUGACUCUCUUCAGCCUCACUCAGGGGAACCACUGGAACCUAUUACUGGAAAGGAACGAUGGGAUGGACCGCCUCUCCAUCUUACCCUCCUCUCAGUCCUUCCGCUCCUAUAGGCUACUGUGGUCAAUCACAGAGCCACGUCCCUGGACCAGCCUGUGCGUUACCUGGGAGAAAAAGACGGGCGUGGCCCAGGUGUGGAGGGGCAGGACUGUCAGCAUCAGGAAGAGGGUGUUUGGCCAGGUGACCAAUGGGCCUCCUGUCUUGAACGUGUAUAAGUUUGAGGGGCAGGUAACUGACGUGGAAGUGUGGGACAGAGUCCUCUCCCCAAGCUGGAUAAUGGCCUUCAUGUCUGGGUGGCAGUCCUACUACUACACCCCUGGUAACCUGCUGACCUGGUCCAAGGCCAUCUACUCCACCAAUGGUGAGGUUCUCCUGGAGAGAAACACCUACAACUCUGACCAUCAGCCUAUCAGAGGCCAGCACCAGCCCCCAAGACCAAUGAGAAGGAAGAGAAUGAGGAAGUUUGAAUGGAAGAAGAGAGAGAGGGCAGAGUAGAUGGCGAGAGCACGGCCGUAG